AUGCAGCCUGCCCUCGCACCAGCACCGCAUCCAAGCAUGCAGUCUACUGCUCAGGACCACGCGGACCAAGUCCUCCACGACCAGCUGCUUGCUGCUCAGCAUCACCUGCCAGGCAGUCGCCCGCAGGGUGCCCCAGGCCAGCAGCAGCACCUCCAACCUAACCAUGCCAGCCCCCGCGAGCAGGCGAACAUUGACCCCGCCAUCUCUGGUGCCAUGCUAGGCACCCCCCAGACUCCCACCCAACCCCAAGGCUCCCCCCCAUCAGAUGGCGGCUCCAAAAGCUACGGCAAGCGUGAGCUCUCUACCUCCAAGCGCGCUGCCCAGAACCGUGCCGCACAGCGUGCCUUCCGUCAGCGUAAGGAGACUUACAUCCGCAAACUUGAAGAAGAAGUCAAGAACAUCGACCCCCUCAAGGACCAGGUCAAGUCUCUCGUAGGCGAGAACUACCAACUCCGCGAGUACAUCAUUAACCUGCAGUCGCGCCUCCUCGAAGCCCAGGGCGAAGUCCCCGAGCUUCCUGCCAACAUUGACCUUAGCCAGCCCCGAACCACAGAGAUGGCCCUCGCCUCGGCUGGUGUUCAGAACUCCAGCCCCUCUGGCUCGGUGCCCUCCACUGGACCUCACCACAGCUCUGUCUCGGAGGACAUGAACUCCCUGAACCGCAUCGCGGCUGCCACUUUGGGCAUGCGCAAGCCUAACGACGAUGCCAGUUUCCUGAACAACACCUUCCAGCAGAACAAGCGCAUGCGCACUGAUGAUAGUCAGGAUGGCUCCGACGUUGUAGCCAAGCAGGAAGUCAGCCAUGGUCUGCCUAUGAAUUAG